AUGAUGGAUGUCAAAGUCCAAAAUUCAAAGUGGAACUUAUUCAUCGAACUUAUUAGCUUAUAAUUACUUGUUAUUUUAAUUAAAAAUAACUAUUUUUUACUGGGUUUCUGAGUCAUAAACCUUAAGUUGUUACUUAAUUACUGCACGAGGAGAAGCAGUUUCUGCCAGCAACAACAUUUUGGGAAUCCGCAAGCACCGGCUACUGGAAUUGCAAAUUGUACACAGCAACUGUCAGUACUGCGCUACGUAAUUGUUCAACAUGAAGUACUUACUUAUGCACAACGAUGCAGUUGCAGUCCCCUCACUUACCUGGUACUUAAAGUACGUAGGGAUACCAUUGACAGUAGCUGUAACAAUGUGUAAAUUAUUCAAUUGUGUCACUACUAAACGACGAAGAGCUGCACUACAAGGAAAGGUGGUUGUUAUUACUGGUGCCAGCUCUGGAAUAGGAGAAGCUCUGGCUCAUACAUUUUAUGAGCAAGGAUGCAAAGUUGUUCUAGCGUCUCGCAGAAAACCUGAAUUAGAGAGGGUGAAAAAUGACCUGACGUCAAAGAAUCUGACCACUCCUACUCGGGAGCCACUAGUUCUGGAACUUGAUCUUGCUAAGUUCGAAGAAUUGGAUCCGUUUGUUCAAAAAGUUUAUGAUGCAUGUGGCCACAUUGAUAUUUUGAUAAACAAUGGUGGAAUCUCCCACAGAGGAUCCAUACUGAACACUAAAAUGGAUGUAUUUAAAAGUAUUAUGGCAAUCAACUAUUUUGGAUCUGUUGCAUUAACUAAAGCUUGUCUACCAAACAUGGUCCAGCGUAAAGCAGGUCACAUUGUGUUUGUGAGUUCAGUUCAAGGUCUGAUAGCAAUACCAGAGCGCUCAGCUUAUGCAGCAGCUAAACAUGCCAUGCAAGCUUUUGGAGAUUCUCUUCGUGCUGAAAUGCAUCAGCAUAAUGUCAAUGUGACAGUUGUAAGCCCUGGAUAUAUCAAGACUGCUAUAUCUCUGAAUGCUUAUACUGGUUCUGGUGAACCACAUGGAGUAAUGGACACCAGCACUGCCGCCGGAUUUUCAGCUGAAUAUACUGCAAAUAAGAUUCUAGAUGGAGUUGUCAACAAGGAAAAGGAUCUUAUUAUAAGUCAGUUUAUGCCAAGCCUUGCAAUAACUUUGAGACAUUCUGCACCAUCAGUGUAUCAUUGGGUUAUGGCAAGGAGGGCAAAUAAAACUUCAUAGACUUAUUUUUCCCCAUGACAAGUAAUAGGGUGGACAAAGAGAGGAAGAAAAUAACUGCUUAACAUUUAUUCUUAGCAAGUUUUAUUAUUUUAAGGGUAACUAAUAAUGGAUUAUUACAAGUGGCCAUACAAUUAGAUAAGAAUUUGUGACUGAUACAUGAGAUUUUGAAUAUGUUUAAAUUGGCGAUGUUUUUUGUUUAAGAGGACAUUGUCUUUUCAUGACUCCGAUAUGUAAACUGAAAAUACUCUAAGACCUGUUAAAAUUAAUCAAUGUUAUAUUUUAUGGUCAUAAUUGUUAAACUUAAGUGGCAUAAAGUUAUAAUGUGGUGCAGGGACUGGUUGGUUUAUGUUUUUAUUUUUUUCAGUAAGGGAACAAUUAGUUAAGUUUCAGUUAAUUAAGCUGUUAAUUUAUAUACAAUAAAUAAAAAUCGUAUUUAUAUUG